AUGCAGUCUAUCAGACUAUUGAAUUUGCUACCAAGAGGAAGUGUGACUGCAUGUUCAUUACGACUAGUUAGUACGACAAAUUCCUCACCACCACAUAAUCUCGAUAGUAAAACUCAGAAAACUGUAGAAUCUAUUAAAAAUGAAAAGAACAAGUCUACGGGAACUAUCUACAAUGUACCAGAGUACUAUGAACAUAAAACAUUUGAAUUAGUGGAUCAACUGUAUGAACUAUACUCUGCUAUAUCAGUUGCUGAAAAACGUCCAGUUAGUAGUAAAUUACUAUCAAGAAUUAAUGAGAUUCAAAAAUAUACCGAUCCAAAUUUCAUGGAAGAUGAUACACUUUUGGCUCAGUCUAAAAUUGAAAUUAUUUUAGCUCAACGAGACAGGAUAGAGAAAAUCGGCAGUGAUCUUGAAAAGAUUUCAAAGUUGCGAGAUUGUUUAAAUCAUCCAGCAUUUGGAGAAAUCAGCAUGUUAAAACAGAAGUUUGAAGAUCUACGAAUGGUACAUAAUGAUCAAUAUGUCAUGUCCGAGAAGUUGAUCGCUGAUACACAAGCUUUAUUGGACACAUAUCAUAAUUUGAUACGUGACACAUCUAAAUUAUUCAUAUAUUGGAAUCAACGUGCUUUAGCCACAGGAUCAUCAGUGGACUCAUCUGAUUCAUGA